CCAGGGGGCGGGCGUUUGAAAUCGGUGCGGUGGAGUAGACCUAGGUGCUGUGCCGAACCGCGGAGAACCGAUUCCUUAAUGUCUCUCCGUCUUUUCCUCGCCCGACCCCCUCCCACACGCCUCCGUUCCGGGUCUGCGUGGAGGGCGAGCCCGGGCAGCCGACGCCGCGUCCCCGGCCGGGAUUGCGCCCCGCGGUGGGAGCCCCGCGGCUCCUGCGCCGUCCCUUCUCCCGAGCCAGCCCCGGCCAGCCUAGGGAGUGGGCCGCGGAGAGCUAGUGUUGCGUGUAAUUGGAUAUGAAGAAAGAACGCAUGUGUUACGGGGGCAGCCGCGACCUUUGCAAAGAACAUAAGUUCCAGGAAAGCAGAGCCCUUGUCUGUUGUUCACUGGUGUGUCCUCUGCAUGUAGAACAGUGCCUGGCACAAAAUAGGUGCUGAAAGCCUGUGAGAAUGACCAUAGCUUGAUGAAUGAUCACAAGAAGCUCUGAAAGUAGGCAUGUGAGCAGCACCGGGUCAGAGCAGUCGCCGCACACGAGGCUCCUGCUCACAAGAGCCGUCUUUCCCAAGAUUUUGUUUUAGAUGCUUCCAUGAAGACGCACUCUGCUAUAUUUGAGUCAUUCGCUCAGGUUUGGCAAAUUCAAUAGAUCGCAAGAGGACAGAAACCAGAUACCAGCUGAGGAAAAUAAUAGAGCUGCAGACUGAGUGGCCACCAGUAGGUGGGCCAAGCUGCUGCCUGCACAAUACUCACCAAUCAGAAAGUCUAAGAAAGAUCAUUAUCUGACUUGAAAAAGUUGGCUGGUAGAUCUUAACUGCCUCAUAUCUAAAGCAACUCAACAAUUAAAAACAAGCAUUUUCCUGCAGCCUCAAGUAUCUAGAACAUAUCUAACAAUACUAAGUGGUUGCUUUCUAGCAAAUUGAACUAUGAAGUCUAAGAACAGAUAUGCUAAGAAUCCAGGUUGUAGCAUAAUGAUAUUUUAUCCAACCAAAGAUGAAUUUAAUGAUUUUGAUAAAUACAUUGCCUACAUGGAAUCCCAGGGUGCACACAGGGCUGGCCUGGCCAAGGUCAUUCCCCCCAAGGAAUGGAGAGCCAGAGAGUCCUAUGACAGCAUCGGUGGCCUCUUAAUACCCGCCCCGCUGCAGCAGGUGGUCUCCGGGCAGGCAGGUGUGUUUACCCAGUACCAUAGGAGGAAGAAACCCAUGACCGUGCGGGAGUACCAGCACCUGGCAAACAGCAAAGAAUAUCAGGCUCCUCCACACCGCAAUUUUGAAGAUUUGGAGCGAAAGUACUGGAAGAAUCGCCUCUAUGAUUCCCCACUUUAUGGUGCUGACAUCAGUGGCUCCUUGUUUGAUGAAAGCACAAAGCAGUGGAACCUGGGGCGCCUGGGAACCAUUCUGGAUCUGUUGGAGCAGGAAUGUGGAGUGGUCAUUGAGGGAGUCAACACCCCGUACCUGUACUUUGGCAUGUGGAAGACCACGUUUGCGUGGCACACGGAGGACAUGGACCUCUACAGCAUCAACUACCUGCACUUCGGGGAGCCCAAAACUUGGUAUGCGGUGCCCCCAGAGCACGGCCAGCGCCUGGAGCGGCUCGCCAGGGAGCUUUUCCCGGGCAGCUCCCGGGUCUGUGGGGCAUUCCUGAGGCACAAGGUGGCUCUCAUCUCACCCACAGUGCUGAGGGACAAUGGGAUCCCCUUCAGCUGCAUGACUCAGGAGGCUGGGGAGUUUAUGGUGACGUUUCCCUAUGGCUACCAUGCUGGCUUCAACCAUGGCUUCAACUGCGCAGAGGCCAUCAAUUUUGCCACCCCACGGUGGAUCGAUUAUGGCAAAGUGGCUUCUCAGUGCAGCUGCGGGGAGGCAAGGGUCAGCUUUUCCAUGGAUGCUUUUGUGCGUAUCCUGCAACCUGAGCGCUAUGAGCUGUGGAAACGGGGGCAGGACCGGGCAGUAGUGGACCACAGGAGAUUCACAACUCUCCAGAAGCAGGAGCUGACCUCCUGGAAGGAAGUCCAUGCAGUGAGGAGCUCUUCACUGGGCUUGAAGCACUUCAGACUUAGUCAGACUCAGCAACCCCCUCUGCCUGUGGCCUCCUUCAGUGGGACUGGUUACAGGAAGAAUGUACGGCGUCGUUGUGCAUCUGGGCGACCGCCAGCCAGAGGUCCUGCUGCUGGGUCGAAGCCCACAGCCCAUAGCUCCCAGGAGUUCAGCGCAGCCUCACGGCCCUCCCAUGGUCCAUCUGUCCCGGAGAGACACUUGUUAGCUGGCAGACUUCGUCGUGGCCGUCCUCCCCGGGAACUAGGGGUUCAGGGGCCAAGCCACCAGGCCCUAGCCAAAAGACGCAGGUCAGUGGGCGUGGAGCACUCAGCUCGAGAUUCAGAUCUUCAGUUCCAACCUGUACAUUGAGGGUUUUUUAUUAUUUUUUAAAUUCAUGUAUUUGGUACAGGGUCUCACUAAGCAGCUCGGACUCAUAGUG